AAGUUCAGUAUCAUUUGCUCUUUCGAUAUUCUCAAAAAGCCACACCGCCAUUUUCCAUUAACGUCGCCGUCUUCUUCCCGAUUCCCACUAUGACCCCCAUCUCAGAUUUCUUCCGUCUGUUUUUCACUUGUGCUGGUAUCUUUGCAAUUGUUUGGUAUACAUGGACAUACUUCAAAUCCAGAAAGGGGAUUUCGAAGUUGCCGCCGGGUCCUCCUGGCCUCCCUCUGGUCGGCAACAUUCCCUUCCUUGACCCGGAGCUUCACACCUACUUCGCAGCCGUGGCUCGCAAAUAUGGACCAGUUGUCAAGCUUCAACUCGGAACCAGGAUUGGCAUACUGAUCACCUCCCCUGCCCUGGCCCGUGAAGUCCUCAAAGACCAGGACAUCACGUUUGCUAACCGCGACAUGCCCGCCGUGGCAGGAGCAGCAUCGUACGGUGGCUCUGACAUCGUGUGGAACCCUUACGGACCCGAGUGGCGGAUGUUGAGGAAAGUCUGUGUGGUCAAGAUGCUGAGCAACACGACUCUGGACUCUGUCUACGCGCUCCGGCGCAGCGAGGUCCGGGGAACAGUUGCUUAUAUCAACAGUCGGGUGGGGUCCCCUGUGAAUAUUGGGGAGCAAGUGUUUCUGACCAUAUUGAAUGUGAUUACAAGCAUGUUGUGGGGUGGGACGGUGCAGGGCGACGAGAGGGCUGCCCUGGGGGCAGAGUUCCGGGAGGUGAUCUCUGAUUUCACAGAGCUUUUGGACAAGUUUGGGAUUGUUCUGAAGCUGAAGAAUCCUCUUGUUGCAAUUCCAACACCGAGGUUUUCUGAUCCUUCUCUUUAUGAGUAAAUCCAUAGAACUGUUGUAUUUCCUUGAUUUCUUGCGCUUCCAUUACUACAAAUUGCCAGACAAACCCUUGUAGUUCUUCUAAUCAAUAAAUUCAAUUGAG